AUUUCUAUUCUAUCAAUGUCGGAGAGUUGCACGUGGGAUGACUACUUCUGCCUUAAGGACAUACCAGAAGGAGUCCUCGAGAGAUUCAAAGAGCAUUUCCGCAAGCAACACUGCUCCAUCAUCGAGGCACUAAAACAAAUAAGAAAGACAUCCAAAGAUCAUCCCACAAUUGCGGAAGUGUUCGACCCCGAAAAAGAAUGCACCGAAACUUACGAGAUGCUACAGGUCUUGACUUUCCUCUACAACGACAAUGCAGUUUAUCGCAAUAUGACCGAUAUGUACAACAAGGAAUUUCGAACGUUUUUUAUAGUAGAAAAAGACGAUGAAGAUUGUUGUCCAAGACCUACUGGAAAGUCGAAGACUUAUCAACAAAUAAUCGAUCCGCUAGUUCGUAAUAUAGGUAAGACCACUUGCAAGCAGGAUCGUGAUGAUUCCGAUGACAAUUUAUUCUGCUCUCGAGAUGCUAUGGAAAAAAUUAUAAACGGACUUACCAAUCAUUUUUGUUGCAACCACAAUAACGCCAUGUUGCACUUGAAGGUUUUGAAAAAAGAAACAUUGGAUAUCAACGGGACCUUUUUCAAUGAACAUGAGAGGUGCAGUGAUGCCUACACAAUGAUUCAAUUUUUAAUGUAUUUGUACAAGACCAAUUCACAGUAUGAACUAGUAGUAAAUCAGUAUAACAAUACAUUCAAGGAUUUAGCUAAAAAUAACCAAACUAUUGAAGACAUGGCCAAAAAAUUACAAGAAAAAGUAACUGAAGAUGCACAAGAAGAGGAAGAAGAGGCUGAGGAGGAUGAAGUGGCAGAAGACUCAGAUCCAUUUAUAAAUAAACUUAAAGAGUACUUUAAUAAAAAUCACGAGAGUGUAUCCGAAGUUAUUGUAACUUAUCAAAAGGACUUAACAUUUGGAAAAAUGCUUAAAGGCAACCAGGCUUGCUAUAAUGGUUAUAUGUUACUACAAUUUUAUCAAUUUUUAUUAUCAGAAAACGAAGAAUUUAAAUUACUAUUAAAUUUAAUAAAUGCAAUAGUAAAUCCACCCUCAUAUAAACCAAAUGUUGUCUCCGUUAAUGUUAGCUACAACCAAGGUGCGGAUUUGGUACCUGAAAAAUUGCAAGAGUCCUUCUUAAUAAAUCACAACGAGGCUAUGAAAAUGAAAACAGAGUGGGUUGAUGGAUCCAUAGAAUGUUCGGAUGGUUAUAUUUUGUGUCAGAUAUUAAAAUAUCUCAUAUCCGAAAAUACGGUCUUCCAAAAAACCUACAAAGAUACAAUGGAUAUUCUAAAAGUAGAAAAAAAUAAAAUGAAAGAAGAACAGAUAGCUAAAUGUAAGGCGGAGCGCGAACAAAAAUUAAAGGAAGAAGAAGAAAGAAUAGCGAAGGAAGAAAAACAGAGGGCAAAAAUGGAAAAGAAGAAGAAGAGGAAGAUAAAAGAAGAAGGGGAAGAAGAUGAAGAGGAGGGGGAAACGGAAGAGGAAGAUGAGGAAGAAGAGGAAGAAGAGGAAGAAGAGGAAGAAGAGGUGUGUGAAAAACCUGAGGAACCAACAGAUGAUGUCUCAGAUGCACCAGAUGAUGAAGAAAAGUCAGAUUUAGGUGAUACCGAUGAAAAUGAACAAGAAAGCAAAGUUUGUUCAUUACUAGAUAAAGUAAGAGAGUCUUUUGAUGCUCAUCACGAAUCGGUAAAGUGUCAAUUCAGAUUAUUGCAUCGAGAUGCAAGUGACAACCCCGAAAGCAAAGAGUAUAUAGGCAAAGCUGAACACUGUCAUGAUCUUUAUGUUCUUUUGCAAUUCUCGAUUUUCCUUUAUUCUUAUUGCGAACCGUUCAGAAGUGUCGCAGAUAAUUUAAUACUUAAUUUACAAGAUGUCAAGCCAAAGUUUCCCCCAUUAUCAGACAAAAUGUUAUUGGACUCAAAUUUAAAUCAAUUUAAACAGGAUCACGAUAUUACAAUGAUGUGGCUUGCUGAAAUUCGAAAGGCACUUGCUUGUACCAAAUUUGAAUUACGUACUGCAAGAGAUUGCCGUAAUGCUUACGAAAUGACACAGCUAUUUAAUUCUCUUUAUUUUGGUUGCAAGGAAUUCGAAAACGUUAUAGAUAAGGCAAUGGGCAAAUCAUUAAGACAACGUAUUAAUGAAACAUUUGGUGAAGCUCAUUCUUCCUUUUUAGCAAGAACUUCUUCUAUUUCACUGGAUGAGGAAGAUUCAAAGAAAAAAGAAUGUUGCCUUCUUAAAACAGUUCGUAUAAAACCAAUAAGAAUUAAGAAAAAGAAAAUGUGGCAGCGACCGAAAACAGCAUGUGUCCAGCCCAAUCUUAUUCGCAACCCCAACAGAAAUAUAUCGUGUGAUAGUAAAUGUUGCUCUGAACUAGACACAAUUGAAUCAACUCAAAAUAAAGAGGAAUGUAAUAAUCCAAAAUGUUCAAGGAAAAGAAAAAUUUCUAAAUGCAGACCAUAUUGGGUGGCUUCCGAUGACUCGCUAACAAAAUUAGUCAAAGAAAAAAUACCAACUCCUCUUCAUGAAUUCUUCAGUUGCUUCAGGGAACUGCCUUGCAAAGAGGAUUUAUGUUACCCAUGUAACUUUAACGUAAAUGACGACGUUAUUAGAAAACAGGCGGAGGAAUAUUUAAAAACUUUACCAGAAGAAGAAAGAAAAGCUAGUCCACAAGGUGAAGGUCCACAACCCUGUAAGUGUGAUGGAUUCAGAAAAUACUUUUUGGAGAAGAAGAUGACUUUGUUAAAAGCACUAGAGGACAACGUUGAACCGCCACCUCCGAAAUUACCUCCUCAGGAUCGCAUCGAAUGCCCAUGUCAAGAAUGUCCGUCUCCUGACCAAUUGUUUACAGGUGAACCAGUGAUACCUUGCAAAUCUUGCAGUCCAUGCAAAGAUUGCGACAAAGUAGAAAUAGAAUUUAAAGGUUGCUCUUGCUCAAGCGGUGGAAGACACAAGCCCACCUGUAUAUUAUGUAAACCUUGUGAUCAAACACCUACAUUGGAGCCAUGUGCUUGCGAACCUAAAGAAGACGAGGCAAAUGACGAAGGAAUUCAAGUGGAAGAGGAAACAGUUUGUGGAAGUUGCGGAACAUGUGACACGGAAAAGACCAUACAGGAAGCUAAGAAAGAAAUUAUCGAAGAUUUGGGAAUUAAAGUGUGUGAUCAAAAGAAAGAAGAGAAAUCGGAACACGCCGAUGACUGUGAAUGUAACAUUUGUGGAGCCACCAAAGAAAAACCUGUAAAAGAAGCAGAUGAUGGUGAUGGGGAACCAAUUGAUAUUUGUGUUUGUAAGCUUCCUGAAAUGGAUUGUGAAGGCCAGCCAGAACGUGACCUAGAUGCAUUGGGUGUAUGUGAAUGCAACCCUGAUAAACCAGAAGAGGAGGAAAGUGAGGAUUCACCGAAUUAUUGCACUUGUGAAGAUGAGGUUAAAGAAGGCGGAGAAGAAGAACCUAACGAUGAAAGUGCACCAGAAAUUUGCUAUUGCAAGCCAUCAAUUGCAGAAGAAACCACUUCGGGCGAUACUCAAUCAGGCAGUGCUUGUAGUUGUGGAAGAGAUGAUAAUGAUGAUGAAGAUCAAACCGCUCCAAUAGAAGAAUCUUUUGGUGUAUAUGAUACCGCCUUAGAAAGUACUCAAUUAGAAACAACUGGAGAAACAACACUUGAAGAAUGUACUGAUGAAACAUGUGCCACUGAAGGAAAAAAUGAAGGAGAACCAGCUCAAGAUGAAACCGAAAACGCCGAAGAAGGUCCAAAAGAAGAGGCACCGGCUGAAGCAGAGACUCCAGCUGAGGGAGAAGAUCCAGCUGAACCAGAUACUCCUGCCGAGGUAGAAGCUCCAGCUGAAGCGGAAACUCCAGCCGAAGCGGAAACACCAGCUGAACCGGAUGCUCCACCUGAACCGGAUGCUCCGGCUGAGGCGGAAACCCAAGAAGAGACGAAGGAAGAGGAAACAAAAGAAGAGAAUAAUGCAGAGGAGAAACCACCUGAAUAACCAAAAAACAUCAAUAAAUCACUAAAUAGAGAUAGAAUAGAAAUAAUGUUAAUAAAUUUUACUAAAACAAA